CUGAUUGAGUUAUCCGCCUUGGGUAAUAGAGAUAUAUAUAUAAUUUACAAUAAGUAAACAUUGUUUGUUGGGGGAACAUGAUAAGUUUAGAUGGCAUUCUACGAUACUUGGCCGAAAAUAGAUCCAGUCAUAGUGCUGGUGGUGUUAUGUCUGAUCGUGUUAGUUGACCGGAUAUGGGAGAUGGUACUCACCAAGAGGCAGCAAUUUGUGUGCCUGAAUGCGAUUAUGGUGCCCGAGGAGCUGAGAGGAAUCAUUCCGCCGGAGAUUUACCAUCGGGCCCGCAUCUACGAGCUGCAUAAAACGGAGCUGCAGCUAUGGAAGUACCUCAUCGACUUGAUUAUUACGCUUUGUGAGCUGAUAUUGGGUUUCUAUCCUUUUCUCUGGAAACUGUCUACGAUGACUCUACAGAGAUUUACCUCCCAAGAGAUCUGGAUCACCUUGAUCUUUGUGUUCUACCUGACCAUUUACAUCUGUAUAAGGUUCCUGCCGGUGCUGAUAUAUGACAAGUGCCUGCUGGAGCUGCGGUAUGGGAUGUCAGGCAGGUUUCCGUGGUACUGCUACUGCGGUAUUGGCGCACUGGCCAUUCUCGUGAGCCAGCUCGUCUUGCUCCCUUUGGCGGCGGCCAUUGUGUUCAGCGUAAAGUUAAUUGGGUACUACUUCUUCCUUUGGUUCUGGCUCUUCUGGGCUGUGUUCACCCUGUUGCUGGUAUUCUUUUUACCCUACUGCUGCAUUCCGUGCAUUGGACGACAGGUGGUCCUCCCGGAGGGCACUGCCCUCUAUACGGAGGUGAAGCGGGUUUGCGAUGUGGUUGGCUUUCCCAUGAAGCGGGUUUUUAUCAUUAAGACCCGGACGAUGCAGAGCAGUAAUGCCUAUUUUUACGGAAGCUGUUGUCUGAAAAGAAUUGUGAUUUUUGACACCCUGCUACUGAACAAGGGCAAGGAACCCAACGAGAUCCAUCCCUAUGAGGUGGGCAGAGGUCUGACCAACAUGCAGGUGGCGGGCGUGGUGUGCCACGAGCUAGGUCACUGGAAGCAUGGACAUUUCUACAAGGCCACAAUCAUCAUGAAGAUUCACUUUUUCUUCACCAUGGGACUCUUUGGAUUGUUCUUCCACUCCCCGCAGCUGUACAUGGCAGUGGGUUUCGCAUCUGGCGUUAUGCCCAUCAUUGUGGGAUUCAUCAUUGUCCUGAGAUUUGCCAUGACUCCUUAUCUCACGUUGGCGAAUGUCCUGAUGUUGUGGAAUCUGCGUCGCUUUGAGUAUGCCGCCGAUAAAUUUGCCCAUCGCAUGGGAUACUCCAUUCAACUGAGGAUGGCUCUGGUCAAGAUCUAUGCGGAUCACAUGAGUUUCCCGGUCUACGACCAAUGCUAUGCUCGCUGGCAUCACACUCAUCCCACGAUACUCCAGAGACUGGCCUAUCAGCAGAAACUGGAUGCGAAGGCCAUGAAUACCUGAGCCUUAUAAUCUCAGUAGUCCCCGACCUAUAAAUCCAUUUGAUUUUGUAUGUUUUUCGAGAUAUCCUGUAAAAUUGACCGUGUUACUAGACCAUGACUCGAAUAAAAAUUGCUACGCCCCGCUGUGAAACUA